CAGCCUAAUACCUCUGGGAGUGUUUGUCUAUCACGAAUAUCAACUACCAAUCACCGUUCCUAGAACAAGCUUCAUAUUCAAUUUCAAACGAAGAAUAUCAAGCCAUGAAAACCAAGGAAGCAUCAUCACCACCCUCAACCCCCAUCUUCAGAAUCCGUGUCCUCGACGCCGUCAUUGAGGUGCCGUUUAAACACCACAUAUCAGAGGGACCUAUAAUAGGAGAUGCACUCGGACCAGAUCUCUCCCAGCAACCGGAACAUUCUUCAUCCCCAUCAAAUAACAGCCCCAUACUCAAAGCAACCACCACCAUUACUACCACCAACGACAUAAACCACAACAUCUCAUCACCGCCCUCCCCGCCACGUACCAGCCGCUUCCAAGACGAUUUCUUAGCCCUCCUCACACUACUGCCCGCACAGCGGUAUCCUCCAUCGCCUUCUUCGCCAACACUCUCCUUUUAUUCAGCCGACUGCUUUGAUCGCGAAGGAGAUGUAGAUAUGAGAGAAGAUUACCCUAGCAACAACAUUAGUAGCGGCGGUAGUAGAAGAGAGGAUGGCAACCAAACAGCAUUAGCGAGAAAAUAAGUUAGAGGAGGAUGGUCGCCACGGAGAAAGUGCGGUCAUAAGCGCAAUGUAGAAAGAGAACAGUGGCGGCUGGGGGAUAGACAUAACAA